AUGCCGUCGCCGCUACACCUCACCUUCCAAGCGCUCUUCAGCACGAUCGGCGCCUACCUCGCACUGCUCUUUCGCGCGACGGCGAGGGUCCUCUUCGAGCGCGAGCCGGUCGAGUCCGAGGGCGAACCGGAGGCGCUCGACCUGGGCAUCCUGCGAUUGGACCAGGCCAUCCACCAGGCCGACUUUGAACUGGCGCGCGCGAGGGCCGAGGCCGAGAAUCGAUGA